UAAAACUCAAGGUUAGAAAAAAUUGGAAUCAACAUUACUUCUAUCAAGCUAAGCCUGAGUGUUGCGUGCAUAAGAAUUAAAUAUCACGAUGAUUAAUUAUUUACUCAUUAUGGUGAGUUUGUUAGGCUAUAUUCAAUGUCAAAAAAAUGCAAAGAUAAUCGGUGGUUAUAGAGCUGAUAUUGAAGAUUUCCCUCAUUCUAUGGCGUUGUACGUCGUCUGCAAUGAUAUAUCACCGCAUAAAGAAAGUAUCUACCUGUGUGGAGCAUCCAUUUUAAGAACAGAUAUAGCACUGACAGCGGCCCACUGCGUCGACAACGGUUGCGUCUUUGAAAGUAGUUUUUAUAUGGUCACCGCAGGUUCUGAACAAUUGAAAAAAGGUUUUAAAUCUAGCAUAAAAGCUGUAUAUUAUCAUAAAUUAUUUAAUCUUAAGACGUUGGAUGACGACAUUGCAAUACUGCGACUUACAACUAAAUUGCAAUUUAGUCAGAAAAUUAUGCCAGUACGCAUAAUGUCCAAUCCGCCUUACCAUGAGGAAGCGUUGAUCGCGGGCUGGGGAUUAGUUCAGAUUUCUCCUGAAAAGACAACUAAAAUACUUUACGCAACCGAUCAACAUGUAGUGAGGAACAACAUAUGCGAUAUAAUGUUAAGUAUCAAGACAAAACCAGGAGCCUUUUGCGCGGAGAGCAAAUUUAAGGAUUCUCGUUCAAUUAUUGGUGAUUCGGGCAGCGCUCUUGUAGUGCGGGGUAAUAUCCAGAUCGGGAUUUGCUCCUACGGUGUCCCUGAAUGGAGCAAUUCUAUCACUGUAUACACAAACAUCAGCUAUUACCACAAAUGGAUCAACAAAGGCAUUCGAAAACUUUCACGGCUCUAGUUUUCCAAAAUUAUGUAUAUUAUUAUCAUUUCAUCGGGUAUAGUGCAAAACUGCGAAUCUA